ACAUUGUUGUGUGGCAAGUCUGUAUAUUGAUUCACUUUACAUUAUGUCUUCUAAAUCUGACCCUAAUUCCUCCUCCCCGGGAUUCAACAUAGUCGAAGCGAGCAUCGCGCAACAUCAGGAAGCUCUCGUGACAGGACGAAUAACAAGCGUAGAUCUGGUAGUCAGUUACCUCCUGCGCAUCGCUACCUAUGACACCGUCCAUGGUUUCAACGCUUUCACCGUCUUCAACCCCAAUGUCUUGGACGAAGCAGCGGAGUCAGAUGCACGACGCGAAGCAGGGCUCUCACGACGGCCCUUGGAAGGAAUACCUUACACCAUCAAAGACAGCUACAAAGUCACGGGUCUCUCCGUGACAAAUGGCUCGCCAGCCCUGGAAGGUUUAAUGUCUAAUGAAGACUCAGACAUUGCACGGCAGCUGCGGGAUGCGGGUGCGAUAUUGCUGGGGAAAACUAAUAUGCCUCCAAUGGCCGCAGGAGGAAUGCAGCGCGGGUUGUAUGGGCGCCCAGAGAGCCCCUAUAACAGGAAGUAUCUCCCUGCUGCCUUUUCUUCUGGGUCUUCGAGCGGAGCCGCCGUGUCGGUGGCGUGUAGUAUGGGCGUGUUUGGGAUGGCGUCGGAGACAGUGUCGUCUGGUCGUUCGCCCGCAAGCAACAAUGCGCUCGUUGCAUAUACACCUAGCAAGGGCGUACUCUCGUGUCGCGGCCUGUGGCCCCUGUACGUCACUUGCGAUGUACCCGUGCCGCUCGCACGCUCGGUGGAGGAUAUGCUUGCCAUACUCGACGUCCUCGGAGCACCGCAGCAAGAGACCGCAGGCGACUUCUGGAGAGAGCAGACGAUCGUUCCAUUACCCAUCCCCCCAAAGCCAUAUUACAGCUCCCUCGCAAAACUCGACGCCUUAUGCGGCAAACGCAUCGGCGUUCCAAGAAUGUACAUUGGGCAGCACGACUCGGAUCCCCACGCCAAACCCACGACCGUCAGCCCCGAGGUCAUCGCCCUGUGGCAAAAAGCAACCGCACACCUCGAAGCAUUGGGUGCAGAAAUCAUCCCCACCGACUUCCCCCUCGUCACAAAUUACGAAAACGACUCCGCCUCAGGACUCACAAACAACGUGCUCGGCGCCCCCGCAGACUGGAACCUCGUCGAGCGCAGCACCCUCAUCGCAAAAGCGUGGUCCACUUUCCUCGCGCAGAACGGCGACCCAAAGAUGAACAACCUCGCGGCCGUCGAUCCAGCGCUGCUGUUUCCGAAGCCGGAGCCUUAUCUGCCAGACACCUGGCUCGAGGUGCGCAACUGGGUGCACUACGCCGCGCUGCCCAGUCUCGAGGCCGCGCUCGCUGACACACCCCUCACGCAGUUCCCUGGGCUACAGGACGUGCUUCCUGCGCUGGAGGCGCAGCGCAAGCGCGACUUUGAAGAGUGGAUGGCGGCGCUAGGGCUGGACGCCGUGGUGUUUCCCAGCCAGGGCGACGUCGGGCUCGCGGACCUGGAGUUCGAGCUCGACAGCGCGAGACAGAGUCUGCAGAACGGGGUCAAGUACUCCAACGGCAACCGCGCGCUAAGGCAUUUGGGCGUGCCGACGGUGAGUGUGCCCAUGGGAACGAUGGAGGAGAGGGGGAUGCCUGUGAAUCUGACGUUUGCGGGGAGGGCGUACGAGGAUGGGACGUUGCUGGGGUAUGCGUAUGCGUUUGAGCAGCGGUGCGGGGCGCGGGUUGUGCCGCCGUUGACGCCGGGGCUGGAGAGCGAUGCGGUUGUCGGAUGGGGGGGAGUAUCUUCGCAGGAGAUGGCGGCGGUGCUGGAUUUGACCGCUGCCGCGCCAGAGCUCACCCAAGGGAAGCAGAUACUUCUGAAGGUAGGUUUUCGAGCACAUGGGACUAUGGCACGUGCAGGGGUGCUGGAGGUGUGGGUGAAUGGGAUCGAGGCGUAUAGGAAUACAUUGGACAGACUGGCAGAGCAGAAUGAGCCGAGGGAGCCCUUAACGCAACGUAGUGCACGGUUUGUGCCGCCGUUGACGCCAUGGCUGCAGCUUAGGAUCGAUUGUGAGGGCUUGCCAUUGAGGCCUCAAAAUGAGAUCCUGGGCUGGGAUUUGAAACCGUUGAAGCCAAGGCCUGCUAUGGUUGUUGUUGUUUUGAGGGCGGAGAAUGCGUUGACGAAGGCUAAGUUGCUGUGGUUGCAGUGUUAGGGCCUGGAGAGUGACCUUCUAUGUGGG